GGUUGUCGGAACCAGAGGCGGCAGACAGCCGUGGACUGUCGACCUUUGGGACUGCCAGUGGCCGCUGCACGUGUGGAGUCUCAGUCUGGGAGAGGCGUACCGAGUACGGACGGAGCCGGAGGAGAGGGCAGGACGGACAGAGCAGACGAGAAAUGGAGCCCAGGCAGCUCCAAGAGGAGGUUAUCCAGAUGAAAGAAGAGAUGGCACUUCUGAAGGAGGAACUGACACAUCGCCAUCAAGAGGGCAUUGCCCGUUUGGAUGUGGAACUGACCACACUGAAGAAAAACUGCGACUCACUGAGUGAACAGGUGGUCGGACUGGAGGGAGAAGUGGCCACACUGAAGGGAGACAACGCCACACUGAAGGGAGACAACGCCACACUGAAGGGAGACAACGCCACACUGAAGGGAGACAACGCCACACUGCAGGGAGACAACGCCACACUGCGUCAGGAGGUGGUCCAUCUACGUGAAGAGGUGGUCCGCCUGCGGCAGGCUGUCCUCGAGGAGCGCACCACUCGCCAGGUCGUCGUGGAGGAGCUGCGGCAGGAGGUCCGCCGGCGAGCGGCGCCAUCCGACCGUUCGCAGAGUGACGGCGAGGAGGUGGCUUCUCCGAAGGGCGACACUUGCGACAAGUGUGACGCCAUCAGCACCUGUGACGUCAUCACCCAAGCUGAGGAGGAGGCGGGACUGGCGGGCGGCGACGUGCGAGAGGCUGCACCGCGAUGGGCUUCUGCCAUGUGUCUCUUGGACCACGAGCUGUUGAAGAUGGUGUUGAGCAAGAUGGACUGCUGGGAAAUGAUCCGCGCCAGGCGGGUCUGCCGUCGGUGGCGGUCUGCCGUCGACGAUAUCUUCAGCGACUGUCGGCGGGAGCAAACCGAUCAGCAAGCCCACAGUGGAGAGGUCACUGCACCGGCCACGAGCCUAGAGCUCGUGUUGAAAGUGCAGGACCAGCCGAAGCUGACCGAACUGCGGGCGCCGACCGCUGAGACGGACACCGACCUCCGACUGGUCGCAGCCACCUGCCACGCCCUGGAGAAGGCUAACCUGCGCGGCUUUAAGCUGCGGGUCUCUGCCCUGCGCCGGCUGGCGCGUGUCAACGCCUCCAGUCUGCGUGAGCUGACGCUGCCGGCCGGUAUCAGCGACUGGCAGCUGGAGGCGCUGCUGGAGCCGCUGAAGGCUCUGGAGCGGCUCGAUGUGAGCCCACCCGUGGACAGCUCCGGCAAGUGGCUUCGGCUGCUGCCCAAGUCGCUGAAGAGACUGGACAUUACUGGAUCCGGAAUGACAAGAGCGCCACUGAGGAACCCCCGUUGGCCGACGUCUGGACUGGAUGUUGGUGUACAGCUAGCAACGGACACACUCCUGGACCAGCUGGCUGCUCUGGCGACCCGCACAGUCACGGGGCUGUUCAUUUAUGACUCACCGUCCGUGACACCGGAAGCGACGGGACGCCUCCUGACUGUCCUCACCAGCUUGAAGGACGUCGGUGUUUUCGGACCCGGCGUCAUUUGCGACACUGCGCUGUCCGCCCUCCACGGCUGUUCCCAGCUGGAUACGGUGGAGUUCAAAGACACCCGGCCCCUCACGUACAUCCCUGCCCUGACCCAGUCAGAGGUGGCAGCGGUCUGCAGGAUGGCAGUGACCUGCAGGAAACUGUAUAGGCUGUUCCUAACCUCCUCACUCGAAAACUGCCAGGCCGUCCUGACCGCCCUGCACGAGACAGACCUAGGAUGUGACAGUGACCAGUCCCGUACCAUCGAGCUCCUGGUCCCAAAGUCUGUACUCGACAAGCUUACCAAGCCUCCCAACGGCAGCAAAAUCUGCUUGGACUACAUCACGUAGACGACGUACGUAUGUACCUUCCCGGUGCUUCGUCCGCUCUGUUGACGGCGGCAGUGUCGGAACUCGACAACAGAUGGCAGCACCGUGUCUAGUCUGUAGUGUCGGAACUCGACAACAGAUGGCAGCACCGUGUCCCGUCGGCAGCGCUGUACGGGGCACAAUACACAUCUAGACCUUCAUAUCCAGAAGUGCCUCGAGCCGCCCUGUCCCAUCGGCUCAGGUCCGUGGGUACUUCUUUACCGCCGUGCCAGGCUGGUUUGGGUUGAGUGGCCACCUAAAUGCUUGAUCAUUUGAGCACAGAUUGCUACGUUUGUUGACACUGCUUUGAUAGACACUAGUUAUAUUCAGUAUCCGAGAUGUAUCACGCUCUGGGCCACUGUCCAGCCGUCGGUAAACCGUUGUCACCGUGCCGGAGGUACCGCCGUGGUGACGUCACGUGUGUUGUCGUGACGUCACGCUGGCUCACACCACUGCACUGUGCUGUUGUGUUGUAGUUUCAGUUUAGACCCAGGUUUAGACGAGAGAGUGGUUGUAGCUAGCUGUGAGGGUGGCCGGUCCGGGCGAUAUCCGACCUCGCCCGUCACUGUGUCGGACCGUCGGUGGUCCGGUCGGCUUUGGUUCAUUUGGACCAGAUAUGUCCGGUUCGGUGUCGCUCAUGGGAUAGCACGGGCUGAUGGCGAUUGAAAUACACAGUGGUUCAGACGUUAA